CCAACACGGUCAUGUCUAGACAAUCUUAUUAUCCUCAAAAUGAACUGAAUUCAAGACCUUCAAUCUUCAUUGCCGACUCACAGCAACGACAAUCGUUCGUUCCAGGACAGGGUGGAGGAUCUGCAUCUGCAAGGCUACAAGCAAAACGACAAGAAUUGGAAGGAUUGCUUAUGCUGAAAGAAAAAUCUGCUCGAUUGGCAAGAGAUAUUGAGAAGUUGGGCGAUAAUGUCGAUGCACUUGUUGAAGGAGGUGAAGCUGUCGCAUCGGUCAUGUCUUCUUGGUCAGGCGUAUUCAGAGCAAUGCAAAUCGCACGACAAUCGAUGCUGAGCAAACAAAUGACACAAGAUGAUGUAACGAUCGAGCAAAAACAAGUUCCAGAUACGCUUGUCCGACUACCUGUGGAUACUGGCACUUCUACCGAAAAAACAAAGAAUGAAGCAUGAGAUUAAUUUGUAUUUUUAAGCAGGUCUAUGUAAACUACAGAAUUGCACUACCAUCCUUUUGAAGAACCCCUAAAAUUUCCCGAUAAACAAGUUUCCAAC